GGACAAAAAAUGUUGGUGAAAUACGCAUCGAUUUUCCCUAGUUUUGUGUGAAGAUUUUCCUUCUGAAGGAAAAACGGUACCUAGCGGUACAUAGUAUUUUGAGUCAGUUUAAAAUAUAUCAAGAUGGUGCAGAAAACGCAACCAACGUUGCGAAGUGUGUGGUUCUGGCACGCGUAAUGCAUCCGACUGAGAAAAUAGUGGUCGAAAGAAUUGCACAUCACAAAGAGUGUUUUGUUCGGUGGGCCUACGCGAAAGGUCGUCAGCUGCAGCGCAGCAUGUAAUACUACAACGACGAAGUGUUCCGCGGUGCCAUCCUUCUGCCGUGGUGCGAAUCGAUCGAUUUUUACAUUUCCUGCGUACAGCACAGCAAAAGUAUCUUUGCUUUAACGUUAGUUCUUGGUGCAUUGGUCAGAAGAAAACCAAAAAAACAUAUUUCACUGAACGAAAGUUAAAAAUUAGCAAACACCACCAUAAUGGAUGUGGCAAUGAUGCAGAUAGCCGAUGGUCAGGAGUUUUUGCACAACACAAACAACAAUAACAAUAACAACAACAGCAAUGGCGGUAUGGUUUGCGGAUUGGAUGGGAAGGGCAAACUGGCAGCUGAUGUGAUCAAUGAUACACCGCGAGAUUUCGUAACACCAAAGAUGAGCUCAAGCGUGGCCAGCAUUCUCGAUGAUACAACUCCGAGCGAUUCUGGUGUACAGCUGUUGGAUUCGGAAUCAAGUGGUUUAAAUGAAUCGAUGAUUUCGAGUGCCGGAGGGUUCGAGUUUGAUGGCGGACCGCCACCACCACUGCCCUCUUCUGGGGUCUCUUCGUAUGGUGAAGAAGGUAAAAAUAAUAAUAACAACUUUACCUAUCACAACCGUUCUGAAGCGGAGAUGGAGGUAGAAGCCGCAGAAGAGGACGAAUGUGCUGGCGUUGUUAAUGCGGACAUGGACGAGGCGAGCGAAGCGAAGCUGGCAGCAGAUCAAGAAAUUGGCGAAGGAAUCGAAAUCGAUCUGGGUAUGACCACUAGUCAGGUACCGGAUGAACUAAUAUCCAGCACAUGUUCGACGUUCGACAGCGAGAAUAUCGUCUAUCGAAGACGCAUUAAGAAAGCACCGAUCAGUAAGACACCGAAGAAACGCGUGUCCUUCCACGAGGAUAUUCUGAAAAACACCAAAACGGACAACAUUCAUAUCGAGCACGGGUUUAUUACGUACAAGACGGGUGGAAUGGGAAAAAAGACCGUAACGAAAGGUCGAUACUCCUGGUGUUCGGAAGAUGAUGCCGGUGGUCUUGACUACGGGGACGAGGAAGCUCAAGAAGGCAGACAGUACGUGUAUCGGAAUGCCUGUUCCGAUGUGCUCGAUUAUGGUAAGACGGAUGUGUUUGAAAACGUAGAAGACGAGCGGAAUUACGUUAAAUAUGAUAACUCGGGCGUCUUUGAGUACGGGCCACCAGAACGGAGCGCAAAAACUUCCGAGCUGGGAGGAAAACCGCUGUACAAGUGCAGUUGCUCUGAUUCCAACUCAAGUCUUGACUCCGGUGAAGGUGGCAACGUGCACACAACAAACUAUCGUCAAGCAAAAUCGAACAGCUGCGAGUGUAUCGGCUCGAAUGUGGCUGCUGGCCGUCGCGGUAAGCACAACAACAAUAAUAACGUCAUCUCAGACAACUGUUAUUACAGUGAACCAAGUAUCGAACAUUUGGACGAAUUUAAUGGUAAUGUAACUGGUACGGACGGUGGUGGGGAACAGUUUGUAAAGUCGGUAUGGAGCAAAGAGAAGAAACCGAAAAGCAGCUGCCUUAAAAAGACAAAACGUAACAGCAUCUUCACGAACGUUGUUGUACCGGAGUAUGAUCUGAGCCGAAAGGUGAAGAAGUUCAACGUGCAUCAGCGCCUAUCGGUGAUCGACAACAGUCGCAUGAUCUUCGGCUCACUGAAGGACAUCUUUGGGAUUGCUCUACCGGAACGCGGCGUACCGGAAGGAUCAGAAGAUUUGUCCUCGGUGCGUGAAUGCAUUCCUGAGGCACACGAUGAUGCAACACUCGUAGACGACUUUACGUUAGUGCAGAAACCGAAAUCAUUCCUAUCAAAGAGUCUAGAUGGUGGCUUUAACAGCCGGAGUGGUGGUCGUACGAAUGUUGGACAUCAGAAAAAAUACGUGCACAACGUAGACGAGCAGCUGCGCCGAAAGAAUGAUGAAGAUCUGUAUGCACCUAGCCGAAAAAACAGCGUGGAAGAUGAAAUGCCUGGAACUGAUGAAACUACUGAUACAGGCAAGGAAAAGGAAGAAUCUGAUGAAGUUACAGUUUCUUCCACCCCUGAUCCAAACCAGCCACAGCAGCUACUGGUGAAUGGGAUGCCUACCAUGGCUGGAAGUGCUACCGGAGCUUAUCGCAACAAAUUUAUUAUCAACGGAGAGAGCACGGUGUACGAACAUACCGGUGUAUCAUACUGUUUUGAGGACGGGCAGGACAAGUCGCCACAGGAGGAAGAAAAGGAGCUACCAGUCGGUGAAACGACCGGUGGAUCGUUUAUUGGAAAGACGCAGAUAAAAAAGAAACUAUCAACCAUAUUUCAAAAGAUCAAUGUAAUUAGUUCGCAAGCGUCCACCCCGAAUCCUGCUACCCGUCUCGGUGGGGACGGUGAAGGGGAACAGAAGAAUGAUGAAGUCGCACAGGGAUAUAGAAAAGAAUCGGCAAGCUCUAUUCUUCCAUCACCGCCAUCACCAAAGUAUUCGGAAAAGGCGAUUAUGGAAAGUAGCACGAUCUCUUCUUGUAGCAGCGAUCAUUCCGAUCAAAUUUGUGGCUCUUCUGGCAAGUUAGCAGGUAUGAAUUCUCCGCAUAGCAGUGGAGGAGUUUUCAAAUCCAACCGUCACCUAUCAUCACCACUGAAAAAUAGAUCCCUUACAACGACGCGCAUGGAAACAACUGCGCGUCCAUCACGUAUGAGCCCAGAUCUGUUCAAUCUCGGAGCUGCGCCACCUCUAGGAUUAACAGGUCGCAACCUGAGCCAAAUCAAUCAACAGUUGGCAGAAGAAUUUGAGGACAUUCUAACGGUAACCACCACCAAUACCGCCACAGAAUCGUUGAUCGAGUCUGUAGAACAGCGCCACCAACAAGUUGACAAAAAAUCAAUCGUCGAAGAUGACAUCGUGAUCCUGGAUUACCCCUCCACUUCGGGAGCUUCGAGCUCAGCCGUUCUAACACCCGUGACUCCCCAAUCGGAUGAUUUCACGCGCCCAACAAACAGGGCAUCAUACCAACGACCUCGUCACAAUCCGAUGACGUCCUCCACAGCGAGUUCCGCAUCGACCGCUUCGAAAAGUUCUCUCAUCAAUCGUUUCCUUCGUAAUGUUACGCAGAAGAAAAUCCUUGAGGCGACGAUUAAGCAGAAUCCCUUCUUCCAGUCGAAGCUCAACGGCGAGCGUAAGUUGUUCGAAAAUUUGUGCCCACGUGGACCGGUGCGGCCUAUCAAUAGAGAGCUGGUCGAGGAUCUGAACGCGGAAAUAGCAAUGGAAAUUGAACUAUCCUCAUCCGCCUGUCAACUUGAUCGUAUCCAGCUGAACGACACGUAUGCACAGUCGGCCGCAGAAGGCGUAAGUCCGUUUGCGCUCGGAGGUGUAAAGUUUGACGGUGGUGGUAUCGGAGUCGGAGAGUUACCGGUGGAACUUUUCUCUACCGGUCCGCGGCUGUCCAUCUACCGGAACGACAGCGAGGUGCUGAUGAAGGUGUUUAAGCUGUUCAAUGGAUAUAGCCGGGAGGGUUACAUGACCCCUGUGUUGGUAUUUCUUACUGAUCGUACACUUUACGUAACGGAUCAAGUGCGAAACCGGCUGUGCAAUAAGUUUGUGCUACCGUACGCAGAGCUGGACGUAAUACUGGUCGGUCCGUAUGGAAACACGGUGCUGUUGAGCAACUCGGCCCGUGAUAUGCAGCAGGUCCUGCUGGCAGGAGGGCCAUAUCCAGCGGAGGGUCUAGUGUCGAGCUUGGAAUUGUGUGCGCGACGUGGUGGUUCUGUGUUGCCUGCCGUUGGUCAACUUACUCUUGACCAUUUGGCACCGCUGCAGGCAUUCGUGCGGGACCAUUCGAGCGUCAGCCGGGAAGAUUCGUGGAAAUAUUAUGCGGUCGUAAAUGUACCGGCUGGAACGCUGGGCAGCGAGGAGGCACCGCUUGGUCCCCACAUCAAGGGUCCGUUGAUGCAUCGUAGAAUGUCCCACGCAGGCUUUGUAGAUAACUGGUCGGCGGGAUAUUUUUUGCUAAAAGCUGGAGUGCUUUACUUAUUUGGUGAUGCCUCGCAGAAGCUGCCAACGUGGGCUGUCGCUCUAGCCGAAUGUCAAGGUGCACGCCGUUCGGUAAAUUCCGGUCGACCCUAUUGCUUCGAAUUGCUGCUUCGCACUGGAGCGCUUCAGUUGGCCGCACCGGACGAGUAUGUGGCGUCCGAUUGGCUACAAGCACUGGUGCAAGCGGCGAGCGGGGUGAGUGACACGUUACCAGUAGCACCAAAGUUGUUUGAAAUGCAGGAACGCCGCCGUACACUCGGAUGUACGUUGAUCAUGACAUCAAACCAUCUGCUAACGCUCCGAGAAGACUUCAGCGCACCCUUACGGCGCAACACGACCUAUAGCACGGUAGGUGAGAUAAGCAAUUCGUCAUUGGCGUUGAAUGCAUCGAUGCAGCUUCAGCUCAAUCUGUCAUCACCUUCUAAGGAAAACAUUAAUCCGAAUGCAACCCGUCGGAAGAUAAGUAACGUUUCUAGCAAUAAUGGAGGACAGGAUAACUAUAGCGAGAUAAGCUCCGUUCGAUCGAACUGCAGCACGCCAACUCGUUCAAAUAUGUUAGGGCAGGUAAUUAAUGCAGAUCGACGUUCGAAUGCUUCAAGCACCAGCACUCCGACUAGAGGAAGCACAAUGCAGCAACAACAGCAGCUGCUAAAUGGAUCUCCUGCAAGAAGCUUGCCUCGACCGGGUGCUUUGGUCAGUGGGCCACCUUCUUUGGCAGACUUCUUUGCCGGCAGUGCGGAAGAAAAGAGCUACACUAAUAUGAGUAGUUUCUAUGGGAAAAAUUCCGGUGUAGAAGUGCUCACGUGCGCUAGUAUCGAUGAAAUGUCUGCCGUUAAAAUACCGGCAGUUUCAUCCAAUUGGUGGUGCAUUCUGGAGUUCGAGUGUCAAGAGGUGCGGGAAAAUUCGGAUGAUUUGGUAGUUUUCUUUUCAACCAGUGCCGAACAAGAACGUUUCCUGUCCAUGCUUGAAUCGAUCUGGCACACCAAAAAGAACGAAGCGUUUCCGGCUUCCAUCAUUAGCAGCGACGAUGCGGUAUACGAUCAUUGCUCCAAGCUGUUUCUAGAAAUUAACCGUUCCUGGGAGCCGUUGCUGUCUGCUGCGUUGGGUUAUCCGUAAUAAACUCGACGGAAGGUCGAGUGUAGCAAUGCAUACCAAUAACGCCUGGCACAAGGCAAUGCAAAUAAUUCAGGCGAGUAACAUAGUUUUACACUUGUUUCGUUUGUGAACAAUGUUAAAUUUCAUUUCCACCAAAAAGCUGAUUGCCCUGAAUGUGCAAGGUGAAGGGAUGGCGAAAAAGAACGCGCAAAAGUGCAAUAACGUAAAAGUAUUACUAGUUUUAUCUCAAAGGGUGGGAAGUUAUAAAUUAAAUUGAAAAUGUUUUAUUUUGAUUAUCUGCUAAGGCAAUAGUAAAGGCCCGCACUUUGCAGCAACUUGUCGUGCAAGCUAUUCCAUAUUUUGAUGAUAUUUAGAUUGCAAAACGUUAACAUCUAUAUGUAUGCCGGACGUACAUCACAUUCAAGCGAGCAUAUAUAUUCAUUGCUUCCAUUAAAGACUACAAUAAGCCUAGGCGUUUUUUGUUUUUUGAAAAAAAAACAAUAGAAAAGUUUUUCUUAAAUUUACUCACAAUAUGCUUUUUCGAUAAAAUUGACAAACAUGCUCGAAUGUUUCCACCUGACACUAGAAGGAUUAUCAUAAUCAUUACCAAAGAAUCAUGUGUUAUGGCGGAUGGUACCUAAUUUGAAGAGAUAUUUGAUGUGAAUAACACUCCGUAAACAAAUGACGCAUGGAAAGCUCUUUAACGUAAAUAUCAAAGUGUCUUUCGCGAUAGAAAUAAAGAUCCAUAUUUAGUCAUAUUUAUUCUACAUAAUACAGUGUACCCUCUUUCUCAAGAUUGUCCUUUCCCUUUUGCCUAUACAAACAAAUCUUGGGCGGGCUGGCAUUACUUAUCUACUGAAAUAGCUAAGCGUUGCCUAAUGCUUUUUUUCUUGAGCUUACCGCUUUUCGCUUCUAUGUGUGCCGGUACGGGUUGCAAAGUGAAGGGAAGGAUGGCGAUAAUAUGGAUACUAGCAAAUAUCCUAAACAAAAAUAUACUCAAAAUGUGAUUGAUUUCUCGUUCUUCAAAUACGGUCUAGACAAAAAGAAGCGCGCGCUAUGAUAGAAAUAUCAUAAGGGUUAAUGUUUAAGAAAUGACAUGACGUGCAUUACCAGAUAAAACUGUUCGUAACCCACAGAAAAAUUAAUUACACUCGUGUUAUCAAAAAAGUGGACGAGUUUUAAGUUGAAAUAAUUGUAAUAUGCGCAACACGAAUGAUAAUCAAUUUUUGAAUUUGAAUGCCUUCUUUCUAUCAAAUGCUUGACAUGUUGGAAAAAUUCGAAAUUUACAAAAAAAAACAUUACAUUAAACAUUCGUAAGGAAAAUAGUUGUUACCGACAAUAUGCGCUAUACACUAAACAUUCAUGGCUUCAUAUUUUAUGUGAUAGUGUGAUAGAAAAUGAUCCUGCACGAUAAGUUACAAUUGCAAUCGUUUGUAAGUAAUAUAUGAACAUCAUACCACUAACCCAUCACGCAGGAAAAAACACAAAGAAUCGCAAUGUAAACUAAUGAGAUAUUAUUUAAACAUAUUAUGAUUUACUAAUUUUGUUUCUAUAAGUUUUAUAGAUAUAUUUUUAUCUAAUUUUCUAGUCAAAAAAGGACGAAUGCGAUAUGUUGUUACAAACAAUAUAAAUUUUAAAUGUGAUUGGAAUUCGCCGUAUAAUACGUUGUAAAGUUCUGUACAUCUAAUUACUCACGAUCAGCAUACGUACGCGUAUGCAAAUUUUCCAAUGAUUUGUCGAUAUUAAAAAAAUGCGUAUAUUUUGCUUAUACUUAUGUGUAAAGUACCGAAAAGUCAUAGCUUUGCGUGUAGAAACGUUAAACAGAUACAAUUCAUUCAAUCAAUCUCUUAACCAAGUAUAUCGUCUGAAUGUUUAGGAUUAUAUUAAACCGUAAGAAAGCUUAAUACACGUACCCACAAACCAUGAAUUAUACACGAUCUACGCAUUCGUAAUAAAGGCAACAAUAUACAUAUAUACACCAAAAAAAGAUACUAACCCCACAUUAUCAUCGUGCCCGUCGUAUAUACAUAUAUUCUUGUAUAACAAUUUUGAGACAAAACAAUGAAGAAGCCAGCAGAAUGGGUAGUACAGCAAAACAAUAGCAGAAGGAAGCGAUUAGAAUGUGGUUUUCAACUGGACCGAUCGUACACUGACUGAGUAGCAAUGAGAACUGAGUUGGGGGGGAAGAUCAUUCUUUGAUCUUUUAUUAAUGAGAGGACAGUUAGAAUAGCCUAAUGUUACUUAUCCGUUGGUGAGUGAUACAAACUAAAACCAAAAAGUGAAGAAUUCAUCUAUAUGGCCCAUGGCUAACUCAGCCACAUCUCUACGUUAGAGCAAUGCUAAUUUCGAUACCUUUCCAUGGACAGGAAAGGCGCAUAACAGAUAUACUCAUUACAUAAACCCAACCCUUCUCUGUAUUGGAUACCACAGCACUCGAUUCGGUAAAAUGUACGAAAAUAAAGAAAACUAUGUAAUCUCAUUGGCAAA